CAGUUUGCCCAUCGCCCUAUGUUUAAGGAAAACACACGUCAGCCACCACUGCAUUUCCCGAUAAUCCUAGUACGGGCAUCAACAUCGGGGACCAAAACGUAGUCCUUGCAUAGGCACGCCCAUGGGCUCCCUGGUCGUAUGUCGCAUCCGCCAAUCAGAUCCAGUCUCACCCACCCUUGAGCAUCCAGUUCUACGGGGACCUGAGUUAUCAGCACUGCCUAUCGAAGAAACUGAUGUUUGAUGAGCGCUUUUUCAUCGGGGUCCGCAACGGAGUCCGGAGUUGAAAGAGGCUUAAUCUGCCCAUCCCGGCGCGUUUGAAGGCCAGUGCGGAAUUCACCGACCAGCUAUACACUGUCGUUUUCUACUUGUAGAACACUUAGACGGCGCCGCACCCGUGAGGCUGCGUUGCUCACAGCUUGGGCUUUACCAUCAACACAUUGACGGUUUUGAGAGACAACAACUCGUACGUCAGAUCAUCAUGGCUUUCCAGGCGGGUAGAAUGCCAGCAUGGAAGGAGAUCACUAUCCACACGACUGAGCAGAGGUCACUGCUUGCGGUCCCGUUUGUAUUCACAGUGCUGGCUGGUGUGACAACGGGGCUGCGGCUGUACUCAAGGAGGCUCCAAAAGACGACUUUGAGCGCAAGUGAUUGGUUCUGUUUAGUGGCCAUGUUGUUUGCCAUUGUGACCUUGGUCAUGAAUUGGAUUAUGGUCUUCCAUGGUUCAGGACUCUGGUUGAAGGACGUGGGAAGAGAGCAAUUUCUACUGUGGAUCAAGCUACAAGUAGCAACAUACCUAAUCUGGAUGUGCAGUGUGACGGCGCUCCAGAUUUCCAUUCUGGCAUUCUACACAAAGACUUUCGGAAUCUACAGAACGUUCCGAGCCAUUUGCUUCGGGAUGAUCGGGAUCGUCUCGGCCUGGUUUAUCGGAGCAUUCUGCAGCUACCUAUUUGCGUGCAAUCCCGUUCACAAGCUUUGGGAUACCAUGACGCCCGGGAAGUGUACUCUGGGCAUCCCACUUUGCGCCAGCGUGGGCAUGAUCCACAUUGUUCUGGACGCAUCCAUCCUCAUCAUGCCUAUUCCGUUGGCAUGGAGAUUGCAGAUGGCGACGUCCAGCAAGAUCGUACUAACGGUUUUGCUCUUGCUUGGUCUCUUCGCCACUGUCUGCGCCGUCAUCCGUCUUGAAUGCCUCGUCAAGAUCCUCCCCGGCGCUCUUGCCAAUCCAACCUACUCUCUCUGGCAAGCACUUCUGUUCCAAUUCACGGAAGUCCCAGUCGGCAUCAUCUGUAUCUGCGUCCCGACUCUUCGACCGGUCAGCCGCGCCUUCUCCGAAUCUAAGGUCGGAGGCUACUUCUCCUCGAUCUUCUCCACCUCUUCGCACUCCAAAAUCUCUGAAACGAGUGAGCCUAAGCUGAGCUCGACAUAUCAGCAAGGAUCGAUCCGGAGUGAUAGGGAAGGGCUCAAGGUGCCGUCGGCUCAUGCUACGAGCGUUAACAAUGCGUCUUCGUACGACGACUUGCCCGACUUUCCGGAGAUUCAAACGGGAAAUGGGGAGUUCAGUCACUACAGAUAGAGGAACCGGAUUUUCCAAUUUAAUGGCGAAUUUUUCUAUAUAAGUUUCUGAAAUGGACGAAUUGAUAUUUCUGCAAACUGCAUUGAAACACGGUGCUUCUCUCGGUGCGGAUAGUAUAGCUACACUCCGACCUCGCUGCCCAUAUUGCCCGUUGAUGAGAAAUCAAAGUUAGUAGGCGGGUUCCCGGCCGAGCAUGUGUGCUGCUUGGACGAGGCGGUUUCGUCGAGGUUGAGGUGGUGCUGCAGGUUGGGUUUUGAGGAGGUGGAGAGGGAGGGGACGUUGUUGAAGGGUGACGUGGGUGGUGGGAGAGUCGAGGCGUCGAGAGUGCCGAGUUUCUUCACGUCUCCACGUUUUAGGCUUUCCCUGAGGAGAUUGCUGGGGUGGAUGGGAUCGUAUUCAGAGGCUGACCUGCGGU